AUGGACAGUCAAGGUUAUUCCUUGGUCACCUCGAUCAACAAUGGAAGCAGAAGCCCCGUGGAACAGGAGCGGGCGCCCCCAGAGCCACCAGCAGCACCGGUCGAUAACAUGGAGAACCAAGAUACAGUUGGGUCAGUUCAACUACGUCGUUCAUUCUGGAUUUUAAUUAUCGCUAGCCUUUACGCAGUCCUGGUUCUAUCUUCAUGGAUACUCACUUGUAUCCUAUCAGUUCGACCUUUAACAACCGCGUCUUAUUCAUUCGACGACUAUUUUAUUCCUGCAUUUUCCCAAGACACCCCUCAUGAUAGCAUUGACUCUUCUGCUUUUGUGACAAAUGAAAAGUGGUACAGAGCGGCGCGGGUCAUGCAAACCAUUGGGACCGUAUUAACUAUCCCCAUCACGUCGGCAGUCUGCUCGAACGCAGCCGUCGUGUUUAUUCAGCGCUGUGGCAAAUCUAGCAAGAUGACUCUACGCAUGCUUUUGGCCCUUGCGGAUAAAGGCUGGACCAAUACCGAUUUGUACAUUCAGCUCUUCAAAGGCCCGGUUAGUUGCUGGAACCGAUAUUUCACCUCGUUUCUUCUGGUAGCCAUCGCUCUUCAUGUCCUUGGGGCACUGAUAGCACCCCUUCAAAGCUUGCUUCUAUCUCCAAAGACGAUCAAGGUUCCAAACAGUCCAAAAGCCAUAAGUGUAGCUCACCUUUUUCAAGGGCAGACCGCUGAUUCUACUGGCAUAACACUGAGCAUGCUUUCUAGCGCUGCUCUUACUGCUCUCCGCUCAGCCAACGGCAAUUCAUACAACGAACAGAUUUGGGCGGCCAAUAGCCCCAGAACUGAAACGCACGAGGGCGAGUGUGGAACUACUACGCAACUCGUCCGAUAUUCCCAACUGGAUGAUCCCUUCAUUGCUGUACUCCCAAAUGACUUCAAUACUGGUUUGGUUCGUCAGCGGACUCAACGCCUUAAUAGUAGCACCCAUGCCACCUUUCUCUCUCAAGAAGAGCCUUUCAUAAACUGCAAGGCUGGUAGAAGCUUUCAAAAGCAAUACAAUGGCAUUGGAUGGGCUGUUGCGGUCUGUGCGCCAGUUUUAUGGGAUGAUAAUCGGUGGCAAUCGCCGUGGAACAGAAGGCAACUGCGGCAGGAUAUCUCAGAAGAACUGUACCUCCACUUCAACUUCUCAAAUCCCAAUGAAAGAGACAAACUACUAAAGUCACCGCGACAUAGUACCUUGCUGAAAAUCACAGCAAAUACCACGGCCGGUUGGUUCGAGCUUCCGAACUACAGGAAUGCAAACAAGCCCGGCCCUCUUGAAGGCAAAUACUUAUCAUCUCCAGUUAAGAACCUGGCUGACGUUAAAUACUACCAGACUGAUGAUUCCCUUGAGAAGCUAGUGGCUCCUGGCCCACUUCUCGCAAUGACAUACGCGAUAUUUGGUGCAAGAGACUCAUUUAUGUCCAUCUGUGCCACUGCGCUAAAUAGCGACGUCUUAAGCAGUGAUGCUUCACUACAAGAUGUACAAUUCUGUUCCAACGCGCCUCUCCUGGCUUUUCUCGACUCCAAAUCUGGCCAGAUAUGCAUCGGUAGUGACCAGUCGCCACGAGCGUAUCAUGAUAUUUUUGGUGACUAUAAUGCGAUGAACACUCCAUACGGUCGGAAUUGGGAAGCUCUCACAUAUUGGUUGGUCUCGAUGGGAUCCUUUCAAACCGAUACUAAGAGGAUCAGCGACGCAUUCGAAACGGGACUCGCACUCGUGAAUACAGCCUGGGCAGAAGUAGCUGGAUCCAUCCCUGUUGGCUCAAUUGAUGACUACGGUGUUAUGUUCGAUCUAGGCGCGGAUACCUUGGUCCCUAAGAUCUCACAAGCAAGUAUCAUAGCGAUCUCCAUACUCCAUUCUGUGUACCUCAUCUCCCUGCUAUGCGUUGCGAGCUACGCAGCCUUUUACCCAAAAUGGACCAGUUCCAUGAACGGAUUUGCGAUGAUGAGAAUCGGAGCUGCAGUUGCGGAUAGGAUGCCCUUAUUGAUCACUUAUAAGGAGGAUGAGAUCCAUGCUCUUGAUAAAAUACCAGGCUGGAUUGGAGGUACAAGUCUGAAUGGCUCCUGCGAGGAACACGAUUCAGGAAAGAACUCCGAUCAAGUUGCAAAACUGGAGUUAGGGUCACCAUGUAGACUUCGAGGAAAGCAAAAGUAUGCCUGUUACGAGGCUGAUCAAAUUACGGAAAAAAAGCGUCAAGGAGGGAGCGAUAGAUACGAGAAAGCUCGCGGGCCGCGCGCACCGAUAUAA